AUGGCAAAUGCGGGAUUCGCCUUCUGGCGUCGAGGAUGUAAAGAAGAAAUAUUUGCUGACAAUCUUAAUAUCAAGCGUGUGCCGGCAGCAGUCUUAUUUAACAGAGAUAAGACAUUACAUUCCUUUGGAUAUGAAGCUGUUAGUAACCAUUCCAGACACGCUUUGAACAAGAAACAUUCGCAAUACUUAUAUUUUAGGUAUUUCUCAUUAAGUCUGUAUGAAAAGAACAGAUGCAGCACUUUAUGUAAAACUGACUGUGACGACAUACCUGGUGGCGUACACAUACUUUCACAAGUAUUCGACAUUUUAAGAGAACGCGUCAUAAAAUCUGUGCUUGACAUCCUGCCUGAUACACAUGACAAUAUUGAAGAUAAUAUCGAACUGAUUUUAACAACUCCUGCAUCUGUCACAGAUCAGGGCAAAGCUCUAAUUAUGGAAGCCGUGAAGAAUUCAAAAUUUGAUGAGAAAAGAUUCUGUCAGUUUUCCGAAUCCGAUGCGACUGCUUGGCUAUGUAAAUGCCAACAGUUACAAAUAACAAAGUCAAAUAAAUUUGUUCACAUGUCCAUGUCAAGUAAAUACAUGAUCGGUGACCUUGGAGCUGGAAAAAGUGUCAUAUCUGUGUAUGAAAUUAGAAGUAAGACGAGGCUUAUUCGAUUGGCUGUUCGUAUAAAGAAAAUUGGAGGAAACUCAGUGAAUGACGAAUUUGAAGGUUUCAUGAAGAGUUUUUGUGAAUCUGGCGAGUGGGAAAAUUUCAAAGCUGACAAACACGGUGAAUACGGGCAACUGAUUAAGCAAUUUGAAGAAGAAAAAAUCAAAUUUGACAAUGAAACCGAGUGUGUCAUUUUAUCAUUGCCGAACUCCUUAUUGGGCAUAAUUAAAGAUAACAAAAGCAAAACAUCCGGAGGAGACGAAACCGAUGUCGUUGAUGAUAAAUUGGUUAUACACAAACAACUUAUGAAGAAGUUUUUUAAACCAUCCAUUAAAAAAAUUGUGAAAAAAAUUGUGUUUUGA